AUGUCCUUACCUGAAAAGUACGAGUACUCCGAUCCUGUGGCCGUGUGCCAUAAGUCCGAUUUGCAGGAUAACGAGAUGAGGGAGGUGGUAUUCAACGAGAACACCAAUAUCCUCUUGGUCAAGCAAAAUGAUAUCCUGCGAGCGGUGGGCGGCACUUGUCCCCAUCGUGGAGCUCCUUUGUCCAAGGGAGUCCUGCCCAGAAAUCGUGUGCGAUGUCCUUGGCACGGAGCCUGUUUUAAUCUGGAAACUGGUGACAUUGAGAACUUUCCCGGCCUUGAUUCGCUUCCCUGUCACCAGGUGGAGGUCGAAUCCAGCGGUCAGGUGCUGGUGCGGGUCAAACGAUCUUAUUUGGGAAAAAAUCAGAGGACCAAGAAGAUGUCCAGGCGUAACUGGCAGGAUCAAAGAUGCUUUGUGGUGGUAGGUGGUGGUCCUUCGGGGGCAGUCUGUGUGGAGACCCUGCGGCAGGAGGGCUUCACUGGCCGCUUGAUCCUCCUUUGCCGGGAGAAUCAACUGCCCUACGAUCGAAUUGAGAUCAUGAACUCUUUAAAUAUGAAACCUAAUCAGUUGUGUCUUCGGGACGAGAAGUUUUACAAGCACUACGACAUAGAGGUUUGCUUGGGAGUCUCCGCUGAAAAGUUGGAUACAAUUCGCAGUACUUUGUAUUGCAGCAAUGGAACGAUUUUAAUGUAUGACAAAAUCUAUAUAGCUACUGGUUAUUCAGCUAUAAGACCCAAUAUACCCGGCGUGCAUUUGGGAAAUGUAAGAACUAUUCGAAAUAUUGACGAUGCCAGGAGCAUACUGCAAAUGGUGGAAAAAACAACGCGGGUGGUGUGCCUGGGUUCCAGUUUCAUGGCUGUGGAGGCUGCCGCCAAUCUGGUUACCAAAGCGGGCAGCGUUACCCUGGUAGCCCGACAAGAUGUUCCAUUUAAGAUCACUUUGGGUCAGGUGAUAGGAAAGCGCAUACUGCAACUCCUAGAGGAAAACAACGUAAAGCUGCGUAUGAGCAGUGGUAUCUCCCAGAUCCUGGGAAACUCCUUUGAUGAGGUUACGGAAGUGGAGCUACUGGAUAAGUCGCGAAUUCCAUGCGAUCUGCUCAUUCUGGGCACUGGUUGCCAAUGCAAUACUGACUUUCUACAAAACUCUGGCGUAAAACUAAAUCCCAAUGGCUCGGUGGAUGUUAACGACUUUUUGCAGACAAAUGUGCGCAAUGUUUAUGUGGGUGGUGAUAUAGCCAACGCUCACAUAUUAGGAGGGGUCACAGAUCGGGUAAAUAUAAGCCAUUAUGGAUUGGCCCAAUACCAUGGACGCAUAGCUGCGAUGAACAUGUGUGGCCGCAUUGCAAAACUGGAGGCCAUUCCCUUUUUCUAUACCGUGAUCUUCGGCAAGGCCUUUCGCUCCGCCGGCUAUGGAUCCUACAAGGAGGUAAUCAUUGACGGAAGCCUCGAGGAUCUGCAGUUCGUAGCCUAUUUCGUGAACGAUGAGGAUGCGGUGACGGCAGUGGCCUCUUGUGGUCGGGAUCCCAUUGUCGCCCAGUUUGCCGAGCUGAUAUCGCAGCACAAAGGAUUGUGCCGGUGUCAGAUCACCGAUUUCACGAAACGAAUUAACUGGAUAACGAAGCUAAUGAACUAG